AUGGGUGUGCCUGGCUCCCAGCGCAAGGCCCUGGGCAACAUCAGCAACGUCCGUGGGCAAGCCGUUUCACGAAUCAAAGGCCCCAUGGUCAGCGCCACGACCGCUGAGCGCAAGCCCCUAGCGGUUGCUCGCGGGCCCAGUGUACCCGAACCCGAAUACAUGGCGCCCAGUGAAGAGCUGCCCACAGACCCGGAUCGCCUGCGGGAACGCAUGGACAAAUCUUUUUUCGGCUUUCUUGAGCGAUGCCAUGCAGCUGACCACAACGCGACCGUUGCUUUGCCCAUGGAGGCUGAGCCCAGCUUCGCAACAGAGGAGAUGCCCGAGAUGCCAGGUGCAGACUUGAAACGAGACAACUUCAAUUUCAAUUUCUGA